AUGCUUUCCUUUUCAUACAAUGACUUUUUCUCUAUAAUGACUUUAUUACCACCCUAUAUCUAUCUAUCUAUCUAUCUAUCUAUCUAUCUAUCUAUCUAUCUAUGUCAGUCUUUUCAUAUCCAUUUAUAUAUGUCAGUCUCUUCAUAUCUAUCUAUCUAUCUAUCUAUCUAUCUAUCUAUCUAUGUCAGUCUUUUCAUAUCCAUUUAUAUAUGUCAGUCUCUUCAUAUCCAUUUAUAUCUAUCUAGUCAUCUAUCUAUCUAUCUAUCUAUCUAUGUCAGUCUCUUCAUAUCCAUUUAUAUAUAUCAGUCUCUUCAUAUCUCUUCAUAUCCAUUUAUAUAUGUCAUUAUCUAUCUAUCUAUCUAUCUCAGUCUCUUCAUAUCCAUUUAUAUAUGUAUCUCUUCAUAUCUAUCUAUCUAUCUAUCUAUCUAUUAUAUAUGUCAGUCUCUUCAUAUCCAUUUAUAUAUGUCAGUCUCUUCAUAUCUAUCUAUCUAUCUAUCUAUCUAUCUAUCUAUCUAUCUAUCUAUGUCAGUCUCUUCAUAUCCAUUUAUAUAUGUCAGUCUCUUCAUAUCUAUCUAUCUAUCUAUCUAUCUAUCUAUCUAUCUAUCUAUGUCUGUUCUCUAUCAAUAUAUCUAUACUAUCUCUCUAUCUUUCUCUCUCUCUCUCUCUAUCUAUCUAUCUAUCUAUCUAUCUAUCUAUCUAUCUAUAUAUAUAUAUAUAUAUAUAUAUAUAUAUAUUACAUUUGUUCAAAUUCAUCCCGGAAAGUAG